AACAAAUCAUUUUCUCUCUCUUUCUCUGCAUCGCGGUCGAGGAGUAUGCGCGGUCUGUCUCGCGUGGGUGACCCCGUGCGCUGCUUGGCCUCGCGCGCGCUGCCGCGGCGGGGGAUGGGGUCGUCGUCGGCGAGGGCGCCGACCGGGAGAAGGGACCCAAGCGAGAACCCGUCGGUGGGGAGGCUGCGGGAGCUCUUCGCCGGCGACGCGGCAGAUGGGUGGAAGAAGUCCUGGGAGUUUGGUGUGAUCCCAUGGGAUUUGGGGAAACCAACACCUGUCAUUGAACAUCUUGUUACAUCAGGAACACUUCCAAAAGGAAGAGCUUUGGUUCCUGGAUGCGGAAUGGGGUAUGAUGUGGUCGCUCUGGCAAGCCCUGAACGAUUUGUUGUUGGCUUGGACAUUUCUGAUAUGGCUGUUAACAAGGCUAAGCAGUGGUCAUCCUCUUUGCCAAAUGCAGAUUAUUUUACAUUUCUGACAGAAGAUUUAUUCAAGUGGACACCAAGUGAACAAUUCGACCUUAUUUUCGAUUAUACGUUCUUUUGUGCACUUGACCCGAGUUUGAGGGUGGCUUGGGCAGAGACAGUUAAUCGCCUUCUAAAACCAGAUGGAGAACUUAUUACCUUGAUAUAUCUGAUCAGUGAUCAAGAAGUAGGACCACCGUACAACAAUACAGUUGCUGACUAUCAGAAGGUACUGGAACCGUUGGGUUUCAAGGCUGUCCUUAUGGAAGACAAUGAGCUAGCUAUCAAACCACGGAAGGGCUGCGAGAAACUUGGGAGGUGGAAGAGAUGCGCACACCAAUCACCUCUGUGAGAAAAGAAGCAGCAUUUUCCUAAAGAAAGAAACAAAGGAAAGAAGAAUAAAUGCAAAGGGUCAACUUAUGAUUUACAUUUUUAGACUGUGUAUUAGAGUGAUAGACUUUCUUUUGUCGUCUGUACGGCGUUUCAAUCCUGAAGCAUAUGUGCGUUCUGUCCAAGAAGCAUGAAUUGAAUAUUUCUUCGACCUUAAGAUAUACCAGAAUCGUAGUUCUUGGUGUUGAAAAAAGAA